GAAAACAUCCUCCAAGUCCCUAGCACCACCCAUCACCACCUCAGCCCGCCCUCUCCACUCACUUCGUCUUAUUCAUACGCCCACAUUCCUCACAAUGUCGGCUCCUCCUACCUCCACCGGCUCGACAAAGCUCGACGCCAUUAAGCAGAACGUUGCCGCUGCCGAGCCCGCAAAACUCACCGGCCUCCAGCUGUAUUCACGAUUCGCCUUUGCCGGUGCCGUCUGCUGUUCGGUCACUCAUGGCGGCCUCACCCCGGUCGACGUCGUCAAGACACGAAUUCAACUCGACCCCAUCAAGUACAACAAGGGCCUCAUCGGCGGCUUCAGGCAAGUCAUCGCGUCUGAGGGAGCGGGCGCGGUAUGGACUGGUUUCGGCCCAACCGCUGCAGGAUACUUCCUCCAGGGCGCGUUCAAGUUCGGCGGUUACGAGUUCUUCAAGCAACAGAGCAUUAACUUGCUUGGAUAUGAGUCCGCCUCGAACAAUCGGACGGCCGUUUACCUGGCCUCUGCCGCCGCCGCCGAGUUCUUCGCCGAUAUUGCGCUCUGCCCCCUAGAAGCCACCCGUAUCCGUCUCGUGUCGGAGCCUACCUUUGCCAAUGGUCUCAUUGGAGGCUUUGGGAAGAUCGCGAAGAAUGAGGGUUUCGGCGCGUUCUAUUCUGGUUUCGGUCCCAUCCUGUUUAAGCAGGUCCCAUAUACCAUGGCCAAGUUCGUCGUCUACGAGAAGGUCUCGGAGUUGAUCUACCAGACCGUUGACAAGUCCACUGCCUCCGGAGGAGCCCAGACCGCCAUCAACCUUGGUUCCGGUCUCAUCGCCGGUCUAGCCGCCGCCGUCGUUUCCCAGCCCGCCGAUACCAUGCUUAGCAAGAUCAACAAGACUAAGGGUCUUCCCGGAGAAGGUACCACCAGCCGCUUGAUCAAGAUCGCCAAGGAACUUGGUCUCAGGGGCUCGUACGCUGGCAUUGGAGCUCGUCUGUUCAUGGUUGGGUCACUCACCGCUGGACAAUUUGCGAUUUACGGCGAUAUUAAGAAGGCGAUUGGCGCUACGGGUGGUGUUGAGAUCGCCAAGUAAAUACGACAACGCAAACAGCAGGCGGAACGAUGAUUAUGCAAUCGCGACCAUGGCAGGACGUUCUUUUCUCAAGGGGAAAAGCAGGUCUGUCUUCGUUCUUGCAUAUUGGGCAUUCUUCGGGGUUUUCCUUUUUUGCUUCCUCUACCCUUUUGGGUCGUUUUGUUAUAGAGAAGAAGGUAUAAGUCCUGCUUUUGGUAGCAGGAUCUGUAACAGUACGCCCUUGGUUAGUCUCAAAGCAAUAGACGGUGCGAUUUUAAUACCUCAUAUCUGCUUCACCACAAGCGCAUGCACUCGACUCGCGCCUAGGAGAUCAUGACUUCCAAUUUCACGACUCAAUAUACGUAGAAGCCACCAUGAUAAAUGCCGCUUUUCCGGAAACUGGGCAAAUUUUGGAGGGUCUGAUUUACGGCGUGCAAUUGAUACGAUGUUAGCCCCGAUACUUUAUAAGUGUUAAGCCUGUCAAACAGUCUUGUG